GCUUCCUCCGGCUGGGCGGCGGCGCUGCUCUUCCCCAUCACAUUAAGCGAUCUAUUCACCUGUCCCUGCGGCCUGCUCACCUCCGCCACCCACCAUGCUCUCCCGGCUGCUCAAGGAGCACCAAGCUAAGCAGAGUGAGCGGAAGGAGCUGCAAGAAAAGAGAAGGAAAGAGGCCAUUGCUGCAGCGACAACGCUAACGGAGGCAUUAGUAGAUCAUCUAAAUGUUGGUGUCGCACAGGCCUAUGUGAAUCAAAGGAAGCUGGACCAUGAAGUGAAGACGCUACAGACACAGGCUGCACAGUUCGCCAAGCAGACGACACAAUGGAUCAGUCUGGUGGAAAACUUCAACCAGGCUCUGAAAGAGAUUGGCGAUGUGGAGAAUUGGGCCAGAAGUAUUGAGAAGGACAUGCGUAUAAUUGCCACUGCGUUGGAGUAUGUGUAUAAAGGCCAGCUACAACCUUCUGCCUCCUGAGCUGCUACACUGUGGAAUCUCAAAUAAAGGAUUAACAGGCCUAAUUGCUGUUCUACCUUAGGAUGGUCUAAAGUAUUAGCUGUUUACUUGAUUUGAAUGAUGGAUCCUACGCAAAUACUAAUUUGCUGAGGUUAUAAAGACGUUACGCCUAUUUUGUUAACAUGAACAUUUUACUGUAGAAUGGUUUCAAGGCUUUACAGUGUUCUUUAAUAGUAUAAAAUCUAUUGGGCUUAUUGGCUAUACUUUACUUUUAAGCUGUCAUCUAAGGACUGAUUGGAUGCACUGUGGAACAUAGAAUAAAUAGCAAUGAAUAAACAACUUUUUAUAGAUGUAAAAUAAAGGUACUAACUAUUCCUGUAAAUGGCAAAA